AUGCCCUCCAGUCGGCCAGCCCUUGAUGCGCGCCGGUCAACGCUCCAUUAUACUACCUUCCCAACUAUUCCCCCCAAGUCUCGCGGUCGACCACCGUCUGACUCCCCGUCCGGCCAAGAUGGCAACCGCUCCGAAGAUGGCAGCAACAACCACCACGAGUCGCCUUUGCCGACGAGGCAGCUUAUCGUACUAGCUGUCAUAGCUCUCGCCGAGCAAACAGCCCUCAACUCGAUAAGCCCAUAUCUACCAGAGAUGACAAAAUCUUUCCCCCAAGUCAAGGAUGGACAGACAGGCUUAUACGUCGGGCUCAUCGCAUCGUCUUUUGCGUUGGCGCAAUUCACAACAAACUUCUUUUGGGGUUGGCUAUCUGAUAAGAUCGGACGAAAGCCAGUCAUCAUCAUGGGCACUUUUUUGACCAUGUGUUGUUUCCUGGCUUUUGGGUUCUGUAGAGAACUAUGGCAGGCUAUACUUGUCCAGGCCUUGAUGGGCUUUGUCAACGGAAACAAUGGCGUUGUGUCGACAUGUUUGGGUGAGAUUACGGAUCGAAGCAACCAGUCGCGCGCCUUUACCUACCUGCCCGUCAUUUACGGUAUCGGUGGCAUAACAGGACCGAUCGUGGGAGGGCUUUUGGUGCUCUACCAAAACCCGUUCAACAAGAGCCAGUCGAAUCCUUAUCCGUAUCUUCUUCCGAACCUCUUUUCGGCCCUCAUCCUCGCGAUAGAUCUGAUAGUGUGCAUGCUCUUCCUAGAAGAGAGUUUGGAGGAAGCUAAGAAUUUACCUCCUCUCGGAAAGAGACUAGGUAACCUGUUCUCAUGGAUGUGGCAGUUUACAAGCUCGACACGACCGACCUACGUACGACGCCUGUUAGGCAACCACAAGAAUCACAGUUCGCUGGACGGCACACAAGACGAUGUAGACGAAGACGAUGCUUCCGACGCUUCUGGAGAGUCUGCACCUACGCUCUUCCCGCAUAGCAGCGGUGACGAACUCACGCGCAAGGAGAUUUUGAACCGGGAUACUGUCCUGCUUCUCGUAACAUACUUCAUAUUCCAACUCGCGAACAUCUCGUACAACUCCCUUUAUCCCAUCUUUGCGGAAGAGCAACCACCUACUGGACGCGGGUUGAAACCUGAAGCUGUCGGGUUAUCCUUGUCUUUCGCUGGCGCCAUAACAAUACUAUUCCAGAUAGGUGUAUUUGGCAGGCUCCGAGGCAAGCUCGGCAAUAAGAUGGCAUACAGAAUCAGUUUAGGAUUGUUCAUCGCAGCCUUCGGUCUCAUGCCCUGGGUAGGCUAUAAAGAGAGUAAGGGGUACAAGGGUAUCGGCUCCGGUGCUGGCUGGUUGUGGUUUGAGCUUGGUGUCGUGCUGGUAAUUAAGACGAUUGCAGGUGUCGGUGGUCUGACAGCUGCGCUCCUUAUGAUCACCAACUCUGCACCCAAUCACAACGUGCUCGGUACGCUCAAUGGUCUCGCUCAGACGCUCUCCGCCGCCGGUCGCGCGGCUGGUCCUUUCCUUUCGGGUUCGCUUUUUACAGCUGCCACCAAGUUGAAGCCCAAAGGCGAAGCUUUGCCUUUCGGUACUUUCGCUGGUAUCGCACUUAUUGGGUUCAUUUUGAGCUUCGGGAUUCGUGGAGAGGGACUGGAAGCCGAAGGAUUCAGUGAUGAAGACGAGGAAGAUGAAGAUGAAGAGGAAGAGAUUGGCGAGGGAAAGAUUGGCAGUAUGGGUUGGAGUUUCCACGGCCACAAGCGAGAUGUCGAUGCGGAAAAGCAUCUCAAACGGCUGCACAAGACAACACCAUUUAUCGAGUCCCCGCUAGUUGGCGCCGAUCACGAACAUUUGGUGUUCUCUCAACGACAUGAAGCCAAUAGCGUGGAACUCUUCUUCGACUUGUUCUUCGUUGCUAAUCUGGCAACCUUCACAGCCUAUCACUCUAUUACUGACAUAGACUAUCUGCUGGCAUACAUCGGUUUCUUUGGCAUAUUAUGGUCGUGUUGGUUUCAGAUCACACUCCAUGAUGUACGAUUUGCACGAGACUCGCUCUAUGAGCGCGUGUGCAAGACGAUCCAAUUCAUCGUAUUUGUCGGUUUGGCGUUGGUUGGAAGCCAAUUCAACCCAGCAAACUCGAAUGGCAAGGGGAACAAUACGAACUUCCGUAUCCUGUGUUACACACUAGUCAUCAGCCGUGGUCUCCUCGCCAUCCAAUAUCUGGUCGUCCUUUACUUCACUUGGAGAGCGAAAUAUGGAAAGAUCUACCUCCCACUCAUUCUCAUGUUCGCCAUCUAUGCAGUCAGCAUGGGUGCAUUCGCCGCUAUGACACCCGCUUUCCAAACCGAAGGCGACAAUAGCAGGCGGCUCGUUUACCUCGUGUGGUACGUCGUUAUGAUACUUGAAGGCGUCGGAGUCGUUGCUAUAUCGUGCAUCUGGCGCAUGAUGAGCUUCAAAAAGACCCAUCUGAUGGAGCGCAUGAGCUUGUUGACGAUUAUUGUUAUUGGCGAGGGUGCAAUCGGCGUCACGAAGACAGUGAGUAGGAUGAUGGGAAAGCACGGACUGGAAGUCGAAGGAUGCUUCUUGAUCAUGUGUAUCAUUGUCGUACUUGUGCUGAUAUGGGCUCUCUACUUUGACAACUUCCCCCACGGUCAUUACGGGACCAUCCGGCAACAAAUAUGGUCUCUACUACAUUUUCCCUUCCAACUUGCCAUUGUUGGUGUAGUCGAGGGUUCUCAGCAAGUUGCCUUGGCUCGAUAUGUCGCCAAAAAUACCAGGAAAGUUACCACAUCCAUCCUUCAAUACUGUCAGGACGACCACCUUGACGGCCAGAAAUUACAAGACAAGCUACAGUAUCUUUUGGAAUAUUUCGAGCUAGACAGCAAGUUUGAAACCAAAAGCUUUUACAACCAGGCUGAGUCGGCUAUCUGGAUUGUCGGGAACGCUACGGGCAUCUGCUCGCCGCAGAACACUACAGAGUACAACAUGGGUGAAGACGAUGACGAUGGUACCUGGCCUGGGGCGCUUAAGAACGUAUCUCACCUUCUCAGCAACGGAAUGUAUACCGGUCUCGGCAUGAAGAUUCCAGUCGACAAACUCGAAGAUUACAGUCCCCUCGAAGUCGGUCUCAAAGGAUUCGAGCUCGUCUACCUUUACUACUGGUCGUCUUUCUGCCUCCUUCUCAUCUGCCUGAUCAUAUUUCUCUUCUUGAUUCGCCGUCACAAAGCCGAUCUUUUCGACUUCACGUCCAUUAUAUCGCGCUUCCUUGCCCUGGGCGUCGGCGGCGCAAUGUUGGCUCUAAUGGCCGAUACAAAGCGGCUGCACUCUGUGAUCGAAUCACCUGCGCUCUUACCCAUCUGCGUUGUCCUCUUAUUCCUCAUCCUAGUCAUCGACAAACUUAGCUCGAUAUAUUGCAACUGGCGACUCCAAAAGAGCGGGAAGCCAUAUGCGUUGGAGUACGAAGAGCAUGGGUACCAUGGCCACGGAAAUAUUCCACACGGACCCGUACACGAGACGGGUGUGCUACACGAGCAUGUGCCUCAUGACGCGGGGUUAGAAGAGAUGCGCAAAACAGCACGGUGGAGCUCGCAACCCGAAGACAUGAGGCCACUCACAACUCAAAGCACGGAGUACAACUCGCCGCAUCAAAGCUACGCCAUGGAGCCUCUCACGAGCCCGCCGCUUAUGAGCCCCCCAAUGUCGGGGCACGAUCCGGUGGCCAAUCAGGGAUAUAUGGGCCAUGCCCCAACUGGAUAUGCUCCUGUGAGCACGGAACAGAACUAUGGCGCGUAG